UUUCCGCGCAUCGACAGCAUCACCAAAAAUACAACACUGAAUUAUCGUGCGAUUUAUUUAUUUUUUGCAAAACUGUGAAUAAUUUUAGCAAAAUCUCCAAAUCGGAAUGACACUAAUUAGUGAGGACAAUUGAACCACUCUCGCAAUACCAAAAGUGCAGUGAAGAGACAGUUAAUUAUGUUCAACUACUGGAAUGUGGCAAGUGGUCAGCAGAUUCCUGACCUCAUCCUGGACAUUGGCGCUCCGCCUUCAAAGAGAUUCGCCGUGCACAGUUCUCUAGUCAUCCAUCACAGUCACUACCUGCGAAACCUCUUGGAGGACUGCCAAGAACCUGAGAAGACUCUCUACCUUCCCACCAUCUCCAGCGAGCAGUUCAGCAUUCUCCUCAACUACAUGUACACUGGCUUCCUGGACAUCACCGCCGAGAGCGUCUUCAGCGUCCUCCUCGCCGCCCACACGCUGCACAUGCCCAAAGUCCUGGAGAUCUGCACGUCCUUCAUGCUUCAGCAUCAACUUAGAACCGAGUGGAACUACAUGGGCGCCGGAACGCAGGCUUCCGAUGGUGUCAGAGACAUUGAGAACAUCAGACAGUGUGUGAAGAUUGUCAAGCCAAUCGCCAGUAAAGCACGAAAGACAGACUUCAACUUCAUCUCAUCGCCGUCGGCAUGCAUUUUCCUGCCCAGCGCAUCUGAGACACCCUUCAGGGCGGUCAGCAACACCUUGCUGCCGCCCAGUGAAGAGGACAGAACGACCAAGAGCCCACCAGGAUGUCUGCGAGACCGAAACACACCCACAAACUCUCCCCAAGGCGAUGAUAGCACCACCAAGAGCGACAAUCCCAACUCUUCCCGAGCAAUUGUGGACAUUGCCAGUUGCGAUGGUCCCGUGAGAUUCCGCCGUGUCCUCAAUCUGGCCAUCUUCACAGAUUCCUCCUCCUCCUCACCGCGACGCGACAGUGAGGAAUCUCAGGAGAUGCCCAUCUUUCGCCGCACAGCACCCAAGAAGCCAUCAAAGCCAACCGCAACGAGUCAGCAGAACAGUGAAAUCUUCUCCUGUUUGCACUGCAAGCACACCUUUCGCUCGCAAUACUGCUACUUGAAGCACGCCAAGCGCCAUCUCUACCCACCAGAAACCACCUCUCAGCCUCAGUCACCCCACCAACUACCCUCCGUCUCGCCCAAAGCCCCCGAAGAGUCCACUCAGAGCACCAAUGUGCAGUAUUAUCCGUGCAAAAUCUGCGGUUGUAAGUUUCCCAGCUACUACUUUGUCCACAAGCACAGGAAAAUGUGCCACAGAAACACUCACGAGGAGUAACAAUGCAGUUGCGGACAAAGGGCUAUCCCUCUGCCCAUCCCUUCUCAUAAUUGCCACCCACCCACCCACACUCGGCCAAUCGAUUCAUCGAAUGUAUGAAUAAAUAAAUUUCCCUCUGCAACUCACACACAUUCAGUCAUUUCCCCAUGAAAAACAAUUGAGAUGAAAAAUCAGUGAAUAAACAAAUCAAUACAAUUUAUCUGAUUUUAAACAAACACACACAAAUACACAGGAAAUCAAAUACACAAUUUUACUCCAAAUAUGCUGAAUUUUGCAAAGGCAUGAGCAUAGAAAUAAUGCUGAGAAAUUGAAUUUGUACAACA